GUCAGAAUUCUGCACUAAAUUAGUAGAACCUGAAAAGUAGACAGCUGAAUUUUGAAAUCUGAAAAAGUAGAGAGAUUAAUUUCCUAGAAAUAAAAGUAUAGGGGUUAAAUUAUAAAUUUACAAAAGUAGAGUGACUUAUGGAAAAAUUUAUCCUUUAUCCGAUUUAUAAUCGACAGCCACGUGGUAAUUCCUCCUUUCUAGUUUUCUGACAGCGGGAAACUAUGGGUUUAAUUACCUCCAACUGCCGGUGAACCAAUCUCUAAUCCACCGGCUCAACCGGUUUAUUGGUCAAUAACUAUGGGUUUAAGCCUUUUAUUUUGUAAUGGCGGUUUUUUUUUAUUUCUUUUAAGCUUUGCAGGGUUUUUGUAAAAAAACUCCUUCGUUUCAAAUUACAACAACUUAACCAAAAGAAAAAUCUGAUAUUUGUUUAAGCUGAAUUUUCAUUAAAAAUAUUGCAUUUUCAAUUGUUUUCUUUGUGUAUAUGCGUGUGUGUAUAUAUAUUGGGAUUUAAGAACUGAAGAUCCUUUCAAUUCAAAAGGUGAGUUCUUGAACCUUUUUACUUGAAUUAUAAGGUAUCUUCCUUUUUAUGGUUUACUAUUUGGAGUUUUUUAAAUUUCCCGUUGAAUUACGCCAAAUUGUGAGUAAAUUUGGGCUUUACGUGAUUAAAUUUCGAAUCGAAUUAUAAUUUGGAUCGAGAUCUGAGCUUCUUUUUUCGCUUCGAAAAUGUUAAUCGUGCCAAAGUUGGAAUUUCGGUUGAACUUUUAGUUUUAUGGGAUUUUUUUAGUUUCCACUAAUUAUUUUAAAAAAAACAAAGAGAAUAAGAAUUUAACCAUUUUUUUGCUUUGUUUAAUUGUAUAAUUUCUUGUUUAAGUUCAAGAUUUUCAAUCAAUUCUAAUUUAAAUUUCACAGUGGAAAUUUUAAUUUUAACAGAAAUUUGAAUUUGAUCAAAGCUAAGCAACUGUAUUCUUCUCUUAAUAUACCGUUUUGGGAUCCGUAAAUUUGAUAUGUUCAUUUUAAAAAAAUUCUGGCCGUUGAAUUUCCUUGUUUUUUUCAGUGAUCAAGCAAAAUUAAUUUGGGUUAUAUACACAGAUAUAAUAUAUAUAUAUUAAGGUUUGUUGUGGUUAUCUUUGUUAUUAUUCUGAUAUAUGAGCUACUCUAUUUUUGGAUUGGUUUAUGUGCAGAGAAUUUGAGUCUGGAAUAUUUUCUUUUUGUUGAUGGAUUGAAUUACCUUAACAUGCCUGUGAUAUGGUGUUUAAGAAGAGGUUAGAUUAUGGAUUCAAUGCCUUCAAUGUCCACGAUGUACCCCGAGCCGCUCGAUCGAUGCGGAGGAGGAGUCAAAGUAAGUGGACAGUUCAGGAAAGUCAGUUUUGCGCAUUUGAAAUGUUAGCUUCUCUAGCUGGGAAGCUACUGCAGGAGAGUGAAAGUUCUGCUUCGAGCAAUGCUUCAGAAGGACAUGAAUGUGAUUCUAUAGGUAAAAAUUGUUUUAAACAGGAAAUCCAGUACGAUGAUAAGCCUUUGAAACCCAAAUGUUUUGAGCAAGGAAGGUGUGAAGCAAGCGUUGCUGCCUCAGAGUUGACUACUGAAAAUGGUGAUGAUUCGAAGGACUUUAGAUGUGCUGAAAAUAAUGCCAUCUUGGAAUGCACUUUGACAAAGACGGAUCCUGCUUGCUCAGAGGAAAUCAAUGGCGAUUUAAACUAUGGGAGUUUUCCGGGUAAUGUAGAUGACCAUUCCCCUUAUUUUGGGGAGUCUUAUAAUGGUAAAACUGAGAAUGCAUUUAAACAAGAGCGAGAUCCUACGGGUUUGGAGACUCAGGCUCUAAAUAUUGCUAAUAAUGGCCCCUCAAAGGAUCCCGUUAAGUUUGAUAGAGUUGUCAAAUUGCUAUCAUGUCGGGACCCUGUUCCUAGUGUUCCAUUUACAAGACGUAGGAAUGAUAUUAAGUUAGGCAGUAGAGAUGAUGAAGAAAACUUUUCUAGGUUUAAGAGACUUAGCAAGAGGUUUAAGGCUUCUAGACCUCCAACAUGUACCGGAGACCGAAGAAUAAGGAAGUUGCUGACAUCCAAAUACUGGAAAGUUGCUACAAAGUUGAAGGAUUUUGAACAUUCUAGAUUUGGAGGAAAAAGGCCUCUGUAUCGCAAGUGGAAGACAUACUACAACUACCACAGAUAUCAAUAUGACACGCUUUAUAAACAGAGGAAGAUCUUUGACCGUAAAAGCAUUACUAGUUCUCCUGAGAAGGAUAUGAAUGGUGAUAAGUGUAGCACAGCUGCAAUGUCAGAUAGAGUGAAAUUUAGCAUCAAGUCCUUUAGGAUUCCAGAACUUUACAUCGAGGUGCCCGAAACUGCAACUGUUGGUUCACUGAAGAGGACCGUAAUGGAGGCAGUGACAGCCUUAAUUGGGGGUGGAAUACGUGUCGGGCUACUCCUUCAAGGGAAAAAGGUGAGAGAUGACAGCAGAACUCUAUCACAGGCUGGUAUUUCCUGUGAUGAUAAUCUGGAUGCUCUCGGUUUCACUUUGGAGCCUGGUCCUGCAAAAGCUCCUCCAACCAUGUGCUCUGAAGAACCACCUCUUUUAUUAUCAUAUGACGCCGCCCCACAAAAUUUAACAAGCUCUCUGGCCACUCCAGCUGUAAAUACUGGCAUUCCGAAUUGCACAUCCAACCUACAUUUACUGACCAAUUCAGAAAAUCCUGCGACUGACCAUGAACCCAUUUCCUCCAAAACUGACAUGCCAACUGAUCAAAGUCUGUUGGAGCCAAGGGCUCUGGUUCCGGUUCCAGUUCCAGUUCCAGCAACAAAUGUUGAGGCACUAACUGCUGUCGCAGUCAACCAGAGUUUCCAAAAAUCUGAGCUUGCACAGCGUCGAAUCUGGAGGCCAUUUUCCAUAUCAGAAGUCGAAGCAUUGGUACAGGCAGUUGAGGAGAUUGGUACUGGAAGGUGGCGUGAUGUUAAAUUGCGAGCUUUUGAGAGUGCUGACCAUCGGACUUAUGUGAAUUUGAAGGAUAAAUGGAAAACACUGGUUCACACAGCGAAGAUUUCCCCACAACAACGGCGAGGAGAUCCAGUACCUCAGGAACUCCUGGACAGAGUUUUGGUUGCCCAUGCUUACUGGGCUCAGCAUCAAGCUAAAAAGCAGCAAAGUAAGCAUCACCAUCAUCGUCAUGGAACUCCGAGCAUCACAGACACCACUGAAGCUGACAGAAAGGGUGUUGCACGUGUCCCAAUCGGUACAAUGUAAGGAAAACAAAAGGCACACAUACCCACACUGACAUGAAACAUUGUACAAAUUAUUCACAUUUUAUGUAAUGUUGCACUCUCACUUGAUUUAUUGGCCUGGUCUUUUCUUGGUGGGGGAGCCAUUGGCACUUUCUGCAAAUAAAAUGAUGAGAUGAAAUAAGAUGGGUCAACUAACCACAUUUUUCAGUA